AUGUCGUCAGGGCCUAUUGACGACGUGACUAUCCGUCUAUGGCGGGUACGGAAGACAAUUUUCGAGCUUCUGCAGGAUAGAGGAUACUUGGUGGCUCAGAAAUACCUGAACGAGACCAAGGAGUCCUUUGCUCAGCAGUGGAAUGAAAUACAAGAGAGAAAAGGAGGCCGCCACGACCUCAUCAUAUUGGUGUCCAAGCAAGAUGAUCCCAGCGACCAACUCAUCGUCUUCUUCCCCGAUGAGAACAAACGUGUUGGAGUGAAGCCCAUCAGAACACUCGCACUGAAGAUGGAGGAGCAGAGGCUUUCUCGAGCCAUCUUGGUCGUACAGCAACCUCUCACUGCUUUUGCCAAGACUGCUAUUCAGGAGGCGAGCCCCCAGAUGGAGAUAGAGGUUUUCAACGAGUCAGAAUUGGUAGUGAAUAUCACCCAUCACGAACUAGUCCCAGAGCACAAGCCUCUCACGGCAGAGGAGAAGCGGUUGCUACUUGAGAGAUAUAAAGUGAAGGAAAAUCAGCUGCCGAGGAUUCAGAGCUCCGACCCAGUGGCGAGGUAUUACGGUUUGAAAAAAGGUCAGGUUAUGAAGAUCAUCCGUCCAUCUGAGACUGCUGGUCGCUACGUUACUUACAGGCUCUGUGUAUAG